AUGCUCCAUUGUUGUCUUUGGGAUGAUUAUGCAAAGCAGUUUUCUGAUGCUUUGGCCAGCUACAAUGGUCAUGAUCUAAUCUGCAUCAUUAUCAAGCAUUGUAGGAUUAAACCUGCACAAGGUAAUUAUCCUGUUUGCUUCACUAAUGCUUGGGAUGGCACUCAACUUCUCUUCAAUCCUGUUUGUCCUGAAGUUGCUAAAUUCAAAGAAUUAUUGAAACUUCUUCCAGUUGAUGAUGUUGAUAUGAGUCAGAAUGCAUCUCAGUUUAGUCAAGGAUCUCAGUUAUCAACUCCAACUGAUAUAAUGUCAAAGGCUACUUUUCUCAGUCUCUCUGAGAUUAAUGACAUUACAAAUGAGAUAAUAUGUGUUACUGUUGCUGAGAUAACGAAACUGAAUGCCACUAGAUAUGGAUGGACUUAUGAUGGGUGUAAGGAAUGUACCAAAGUUGUCAAGAUGGAUGAUGGACAGUUGAAAUGUAAAAAUGCUCAUGUUAAUCAGAAGCCUGUUCCGAGGUACAAAGUUGAGGUUCAGGUUGAACAUAAGGGAAGUAAGGCAAGAUUUCUGUUCUGGGACGAGCUAACCGUGUCCAUUUUAGGAAUAUCUGCUACAGACUUGAGGGAGCAGAUGAUUCAGGCUGGCCAUACCAAUCCAAAGACCUACCCUAAGCUCCUUGACAAACUGGUAUUCAAGAAGAAGAAGAUUUUCAAGGUUAAAGCUCACCCUGGCUCAAAUCCAUGCUCUAUUAUACAGUUCAGUGAAAGUGAACAGCUGUUGGGUAAUCUUGAGAAGCAAUUUGGAUUGGAGGAGGAGAGUCAAAUUAAGAAUGUUGCUGGAGAAGCAGUCCUUGCAUUAGAAGCUGUUUCAGAAACCAAAGACCUAUCACUCAUUCCAUCUCUUUCUCUAUGUGGUGAAAAUGAACCAAGUUUUGCUAUGUCCACACCUCCUGCCAAAAGAUUGUCUCAAGAUGAAUCUGAUUCUGCUACAAAGCCUGGUGCUGAAGAUAUUCAGCCAACCCAACUUUCAUCCACUAAGUUUGCCAACAACCGAAAGUAUCCAAAGACGCCUAAGCUUGAGAAGAAGUAGGUCUUACCAGGAACAUCUUUUGAAGGACAAUAUCUAUGUUAAAUAUGUAGAAUGCUUAACCUAUUUUGUGUCUAACCAACAAUGACUAUUUUGUUGUGAAUCAGAGUACAAGCCAUGGCUAACUCUUGAUGCACAAUCUAAAGCAUCUAUUAUUUGUUGUUUAUGUUUGUCAUGUGAUUGUAGUUGUUUAUGGGCCUACCAGUUAUG